UCGGCAUCGUCUAGGAUUAGAAUGGAGGGCACCGGCGGCGAAGGCAGGGGAUCGAUGAGCAUGCAGUCAAUCUACGAGAGGGUCCGCUCCCUGGCUUCCAGCAAUACGGUGGUGAUCUUCACCCUCAGCGGCUGUUGCAUGUGCCACGUCGUGAAGCAACUCCUCUUCGGCCUCGGGGUCGGCCCCACCAUCGUGGAGCUCGACCGCGACGCCCACGGCCGCGAAAUCUACGACCUCCUCCUAAAGCUGCCGGGAUCCGCCCCCGGCCAGCAGCAGCCCGUCCCGGCGGUGUUUGUGGGCGGAAGAUUCUUGGGUGGGAUCGAUACUGUGAUGGGUUGUCAUAUCAACGGCACCCUCGUCCCUCUCCUUAAAGACGCCGGAGCUCUCUGGCUCUGACCCAUCGAUAUGUACAUGUACUGCUAAUGGGAUAAGGGCAGGUGGUCAGGUGAUCAGGUGAUCGUCCUCGACCCUUAGCUUGGGGUCGGUUAAACCCAUUUUGGUUUGGUAUUUUGGGAAACA